GGCGGCCACGACUGGGGCGGAGCGCUCGUCUGGCGUCUCGCCAUGUGGCACCCGUCCCUGAUCAAGGGCGUCUUCAGCGUCUGCACGCCCUACAACGCGCCCACGACGGCCUGGUUCGACCUCGCCGACAUCAUCGCCGCCGGCCGCCUGACCAACUUCAAGUACCAGCUCCAGCUGCGCAGCGAGGAGGUGCCCGAGAAGCUCACCAAGCCCGAGGACAUUCGGCAGUUCUUGCAGGGCAUCUACGGCGGCAAGGGCCCCGCGGGCGAGCUCGUCUUCAACACGGAGAGGGGCAUCAUCUGGGAGAAUAUCGGCAAGAUCGGUCCCACGCCGCUGCUGUCCGAGGAGGAGAUUGCGUACUACGCCGACAACUUUAGCAAGUCGGGCAUGCGCGGCCCCACCAACUGGUACCGCACGCGCAAGAUCAACCACGACGAGGAGCUGCCGCUCGCGGAGGCGGCGGAGAAGAGCGGGGAGGCGUACAAGGUGACGCCGCCCAGUCUCUUCAUCUCGGCGACAAAGGACGCGGCGCUGCCGCCGGCCAUGGCGGCGGGCAUGGACAAGCACUUUGAGGACCUGUCGAGGGGCGAGGUGACGGCGACGCACUGGGCGUUGUGGGAGGCGCCCGAGGAGGUGAAUAAGCAGAUCAAGGCGUGGAUCGAGAGCAAGGUCGACAAGAAGCCGACGGCGUCGUUGUAAGAAAGCCAAAAGAUGAAGUGCGGCUCUCGAAGGAGGGGCCGCGCGAGGUUGGAUUUGACGUUAACGUUUAUAUUUAUGACAGGCAGGGAUGAACCACGGUCUCGGGAACGAUUAGUGAACGACCAAUGUAGAAUGAAUUACAGAAUUUGACAACGCAAGGCUUG